GUGAUCAUCAGCUGUGCACUAGCCCCGGUUUUACCUUUAAGCUUCUAUCAUCGGCAAAUUUUCGUCCUGUCUUCCCUCUGCCGUCCUUCUAUUCUUUUCUAGCCGGGUCAGAUCUUGUUAACCACCCCGCAACACGCGCAUGUCCUUCCUGUAUUGAGUCGCUCGACGUUCAAUGGUCGUCGAGCAUGUAUUCGCUCAAACAUCUGAACACGAUCCUUGCUUAACACAACUGUCUAAAGAGCAACAAGUCGGUCUUGCGUUUAUCAUCGUUUGUUCGUUCUUUUCGUUCUUAGCGGUUCUCACAACUUUGGUACUUUAUGUGAAGAACGUUGUACGGUCGGCGCGCUAUUCUGGGUCCUUAGUGUUUCUAAAGUCUGACAUUGACGCGUACUUUCUUUCGUUGCUUGUCGCGGACAUGUUGGUGGCUCUUGGCGGAAUUUUCAACUUGAAAUGGGUGUUUCAGGGUCGCACGACGUGCGGAGCCCUCUGUUCAGCGCAAGGUGGUCUUGAGGAAUUGGGAAUGCCAGCCGUUGCACUGUCAACCUUGGCCAUUGCAUUACACACUUUUCGUGUAAUAUUUUUCCAUUGGUCACCACCAAGGACGCGUAUAAUAGCGCUUUCCACGUUGCUAGGAAUAUGGGCUUUCCUCAUUUUGCUAGUUGUUAUUCCUGCUGUUUCGGUUUCGCCCUUAGAGCCAUUCUUCACACCUGCGCCAGUGUGGUGUUUCGUCGGCCUUGCUCAUAUUGCAUUUAGAGCGGUCACGUACGUCUUUGCAUGGGUUGCGGUCCUUGGUUCCAGCAUCGUCUAUGGACUUUUAUUUCUCCGCCUGAGGGGUGCUUUAUUAGGAACGUGGGAAGGUGGCGGGCUUUGUGGGAGCCUCAGUACACUCAUGAGAUGGAGUCGCUGUUGUCGGUCUGGAAAUUUUCAUUCGGACAGCAACGGGGACAGACGUGCGAGCCAAGGACGGCACGGGCCAGGGACGAGCCUGGAAAAUUCUGAGUCGGAAGCCAGACUGGCAUUACCAUUGCGUGAGGCACACAAGAUGCUUUGGUAUCCACUUUGUUACAUUAUCAUCAUUUUACCGCUUUCUGCGACUCGGUGGACUUCUUUUGCUUCCCACUUCUCUGAUUCUAAGAUCGACCAUGACGUUCCGUUCGGUCUUACUGCAGCAGCAGCUUCCCUUUUCAAACUUGGCGGCCUCGUUGACGUCCUGCUCAUAUUUUUCACACGGCCAAAUAUCUUAUCAUUCGGCCCUACUCAAAGACAGGCAGCAAACAGGGUAUCUAAGGGACUUAGAAUUUUAAGGCUUGGGAGAAGAGGGAGCUCUCGGAGCGAUCCCAACAUUGAGUCUCCGAGAGAUGGAGAUGGUGGGCAAGCGGGCGCGACGAGAGGGGAGAUAUUCCACGAGGUGGAGCUUUCAGACGUAAGGCAAUCGACCACGGAAAGGCGUUCAAGCAGAGGUCAAAUUGCUGAAGUGCCACCACAUGGGCCUAAUGGCUCGCAGGUCAGACUCAUCCAGCCGUCAUCCAGCCCUACCGAUACUGAUUUCCCGGAUGACGAACAUGCUGUCGUCCGUUCCCCGGAUCGUGACCUCGAACAGCGUCGACAGCUUGAAUUGGAUCUUACAGAGGAACUUGAUUUCUAUCCUGUUUCUCCAUCAUCGUCCGUUCUCAGUUCAUCGCGGACUUCAGAUUACAGUCGACGUUCGGCACGAAGUAGGGAUAGACGCUCCGGAGUAUUGCAUCCGUUCCGUUUGCCGCAACUGGACCUGCCGGACCCGCGAAUUAGUUGGUCGCCAUGGGUUCCGAUGCAACGUGAAGAACUUUCGCCUUCAGAUGCCACGUACUUAAGAAGUUCUUCGAACAGCAAUUUCCCAUCCAGCACGCGAGGUGCGGGGACCGCACAUGCUUCCAUUGAUCGCCAUGACGUGGAGAUUCGUCAAGAGCGAUCCGCAGCAUCGCCUUCCUCCGAUUCUCCCGACUUGGAAGUAUACCAAUCUUUGGACGCUGCUACGCGUUUGCAUGGCGAAGAUGGCAGUUACGACAGUGCGGAUAACGCACACGACAGUGAAUGGCAACAAGGCUCUUCGUCUCCAGUCAGCCUCAGGGCUUCGCCAUCUGAAGAGCGAUCUUCUAGCCCGCUCUUUUACGGGGAAGAAGAGCUCCUCCGAGCCGCCGCUUCCGCUCAACAGCAUCAAAGCCCGAGAGACCCCAUGACAGCCCGCAACCGCCGGGAGCUCGCGCUCCCGUCCUGUGCGGCCAAGAAUUGGUAUCCCAACGACUUCUUCAAGUACUCUAUCACCAUCUCCCAGGAGCAGCGCCCGAUCUCCGCGCAUGCGUUACCCCCAUUCCGCUCUUGCAUCGAUCCCUGA